AUGUCGAACUUCAAGCGCACCGCGGUCACAGGCGGCCCUGGAGCAAGGAGAGAUGUCCUUUCCUCCUUGAAAGGGACCCAAAUGAUCGAAAGCAAGGCAGUACUGCCGGCAGAAAUUAUAUCGACUAUCCUCGACUACCUCCCGAUCCCCGACCUCAUGAGCUUUGCACGCACGUCGAAACGGAUGCUGGAGAUGGUCUACGAAGACUCGAGAUGGGUACAACGGCUAAAGGUUAUGGGGGUAUGGAAUGAACGGGAGGCACGGAAGAGAUUCGAGGAUGCCAUAAAGAAGAAGCGUGAGAUAAUGAAGGCACGCGCGGAGGAAGAUGGGAAGAGAAUGGGAAUAGGGGUUACUGGAAAGGCUGGAGUCCAGAAGACAAGUACGACUUUAUUCGAUGCUAGCGCUGAGGAAGAGUGGCAAAAGCGCUCUAUGGAAAUAGGUUCAAAGCCACCACCGGCGCCGGUGGACGGCUUCGAAACGUUAGCAAUAUCCACACCCAGCGCCCCAGCCACUGCGCCAAUCCAACGCGCACCCAUGUUAGAGCCGGAAGCUCUGCUUAAUAUAUUCUCCGGUGUGAAGUCGAUCAGAGGUUCUGCAAGACAGGAAUACGGAAAGAUAUAUGCGGCUCUGGCACCGUUUUACUAUGAUCUUGCAAGGUCAAGAAGUCAUGUGGACCCUGUCAUUUUUCGCGUAUACCGAGAGCCAGAGCAACAGGCCCAGAUGCUAGCACAUUUGACAGUAUUUGCUCGCAAUGACUGGGCUCAAGGGUGGAGACAACGAGAGGAGAAGCUUGUUACCAUGAUUGGCAUCUUUGAAAAUGCGGUUCUACGAGAGUUCGAGCAAGGCUAUGAAGCGUGGGAUAUUGAUGGGAAAAUGCGACGUUAUGCACAUGUCUUAGGCGUCCUAAAUGGAGGACAAGCGGGUAUCGAGCUUUUCGUACAGAAGCAUCCUAUAUUCAAUGAACGCAUGGGCAGUUCAAUGGAUUGCCUCAAUCAAGCCUCGUCAGAUGGGAUCGUGUUGGAGCCUUCACGGGAAUUUCUAGAGAAGCUUGCCCACAAAAUGAACGAGCAAGCUGAUGUCGUCGACCGAGUAUUCCCGCCCGGCGAAGACGUGCUCCAGAUCCUCUUGGAAAAGGUUGGGGAGGAUAUACUUAUGGAGUAUGUAACCCCCCUCUUCGAUGAGGCCCAUGAGCGGAGUAUCUCAUCUUAUCUAAUGGCCGUUGCUGGAGUGUUUGAGCAAAGCAUGCGAUUUGGCUUGACUCUGAAACCUAGCAAGAACUCGGGAGAUGACUUUAGAGAAAAGGUCAAAUCUGUCAUAGCUAGGGUAUUCGAGCCUCACGUGGAUCUAUAUCUACAGGAAGAGCUCGAUUAUUUCAAAAGUCUAGCGCAGGCUGAAGUGGACGACUGGGAGCAAAAGCUCUCCGAACAGGAAGCGACCAAAGAAUCGUUUUUUAUGGGAAAUUUCAACCGACAAGCUGAUAAGAAGGAUUUCUUGAGCUCGUUCAAGAAGGUGAUCAUGAUGCCUGUCAAUGUUCUUCCUAGCUUGCCAUUAGCAUCACCUUUUGGUGCACCGUUCGCGACUGCUAAACCUACCCCAGCACAGCUGACUGCCAGCAAGCCUGGCCUCCAACCUCCAAGCCCUGCAUUGUCUCCAAAUCCGUCAAGACCGCAAACGCCAGGGCUGAGCCCAAGGCUGGAUGGAACAUCCACACCCCUGCCGUCGGAAGCUCCAACGGAUGAGCUGGCCGCCAAAGCCGCUCUGAUGGCCUCGAGGCUGGAAGGGAUCAGAUCUUUAUUCAGCAUUGAGGUCGCACUAGACUUGACGCAUGCUGCGAAAGCCAGCAUCGAGCGGGCGGCAUUAUUUGUCCGACUUGGCAGUCAGACAGGAGAAGAGGCACGAGAGCAGUGCGAAGCGAUCUUUGUGGUACUUCUCCAAAUCCUCGGAGACCGGCAUGUUAAAAUUGGAUUCGACAAGGCAGUUGACCACCUCUCGAAAUACAAUCCCCGGGAAGUCAGUGAGCAUCAGCAGGGCGUUGCUCCCCUGGUGACGUUCUUGGAGCUUGUCAAUGUCGGAGAUCUUAUCUCCCAAAUGAUAGAUGUCUUCUACGAGCAACAGUUGGCAACCACCAAACUUGCAGAUCGUAAUGACUUCCUCGAUCCAGCUGUCAAGGCCAAAAAGAAAUUCGAGCAGAUGCUCGAUGAGCGUGUUGCAGCCGGACUGAAUAAGGGCAUUGAUGUCCUUAUGGAUGAAGUGGAAUAUAUCUGCUCAACUUUCCAAUUGCCCACAGAUUACCAACCCGUUGCCGCACCAAACGGCAAAGCGCAAGAUUUCGAUAUCGGUCCCACGAAAGCCGCAAAACAAGUCGUUGAGGUGGUGGAAUCGCACACCAAAAUGCUGGUCGGCAGCACCGACAAGAACAUGCUAGACGUCUUCAACCAAGAAGUCGGACUCCGCCUCUUCACCGCGCUCUGCAAACACCUCAAACGUCAGCGCGUCAGCAUCGAUGGCUCCAUCACGCUCAUCUCCGACAUGAAUCUCUACUUCACGUAUAUCACCACGUUGCGCAACCAGGAUCUGCUAGAGUAUUUCAAGGCUUUGAGAGAGCUGAGCCAGAUUUAUCUUAUUGAUCCGAAGCACGCGAAGGAGAUGGCAGAGGUUAUUGCUGAUGCGGAUCGCUUCCGAGGCAUCUUUCGCGCCGAGGAGGUUUACGAAUUUGCGGAGCGGAGAGCUGAUUGGUAUACCGUGAAGAGGGAUGUUGAGAGGGCUAUGUAUGGCAUUGGAUGUGUCUGCAUGUGA